UCAGAGUGACAGCUCGACGUUCUUGGUCUCGGCUGCAUACUCUAAACUAGACAAUUACAAAAAAACAACAGUAUUUAUUCACUUACUAUUUCAAACCAUCACAGUUUUUAAACAAAUGAGCAGUGUACAAAGUAACCAUCAUGCCUCCAGCCCCUUGUGUAGUGGUAAUAAAUCCAAAAAGUCCAAAACCGAUAUAUUACGGGCCGCUGUAGGACGUGUCUAUUUGAAGCAAAAGAACUUUGUGGGUUCCGAGAAGUACCGCAAAAGUGAUUUUUCCUUGUUGCAAAAUAAAAAGAAUUUUGCUUUGCAAAAAAUGAUUGACUCCGAUUUGCAUGGCGGCAAUUCUUUUGUCUACUCGAAUGUAUUGUGUCUGACCAACAAUUACAACAUGGUUGAUCAACAGUUUGCCAAGUUUUCCCAGUUCAUAGAAUCUCAGCCGGAGGACAUGCGUAUGGAAUUGAAACGCUUCUAUGCUCCAUUAUUGUGCCAUUUAUAUGUGGAGCUGAUAAAAGGACGAGAGACAAAGGCAGCCGUUGAUUUCCUGCGAAAAUACUCACAUUUGGUGGCGGCUGUUGAUACCUAUGAGGCUCCGUUUCCCACCAAAAUCAAUGGUUGUUCUGUCCCUUCGACUGAUAUGAAUAUGGAAUCGGGUUGGCAACAUUUAAACAUACGCUUUGCACGUGAAGCCUUUGCGGAGGAUGAUGUCGAAUUGGAUUUCUUUAUGAAACUUAUACAAAAACUUUCGGCCUGUCAAAAGUUGGAGACAUUGGAACAAGAUGCUGAAGUGGCCCAAUAUAGAUCAUCAAAAUACGAAAUACACACCAGCGAAGCUGUUGUAAAUGCUUUGAAGGCAUUUUUGGAAAAGCGUGGCCAUGUUUUAAUAUUAAAUCUCAUAUACACAUGGAUUCAUGUCCACAUAAUAGACAAUGAAGUAAAACAGUUGGCGGAGGAUACACUAUUCAUGCCAACGGAGGAAACUCAAGAUGAAAACGAUGACGAGAUGACAUUGGUCAAGCCAAAGUCUCACACCUCGUCCAGUGAAAGAAAUACAAAUAAGAGACCAGCUGAGGAACCUGCAGUUGGAGACUCACAGCAAAUUAAAACCGAAAUAGAUGCCAAUGAGACCAAAGAUGUGUUGCACAAUGUCAAAGACUGUAUGAAAACAUUGAAGGAGUCUAGAGAACAGAUGUUUAAAAAUCCUUUAGAGUUUCCAAGAAUAGUGAAAAUCGCAGACAAAAAUCAAGGUUUAACCUCAGCUUGCAUGGAUCCCCUGGAAUGCCAUUUAGUAGCCGGUUUUAACAACUCAGUCAUACAGCUAUGGGAAUUGAAUCAGCAUUCGACACGAGGGAAAAAUCUCUAUGAACGUCUCACUACUUCACACUGUCGUUGGAAUUUGAAUAAUUUCUGCGAAGAAAAUGAGGAUGAAAUGGACGAGAGCAUAAAAGAGAUGCACAAAAGCAAAAAUCUGCAAGAGGAAUAUCUAAAGGAAAAGUAUUAUGAGAAGAAAUAUGAAGAUAAUUCAUACAAUUUCUAUGGCGGUGUCACGUUACGGGGCCACGGUGCCGGAGUAACUGAUGUGCGAUUCUCCCAACAUUAUCCUAUCAUUUAUAGCACUUCCAAAGACAAAACUAUGCGUUGUUGGAAGGCUGCCAAUCUUCAAUGUGCUGGAAUUUAUCGAGGUCACCACUACCCCAUUUGGUGUAUGGAUGAGAGUCUAGUGGGAAUGUAUGUGGCUACAGGUUCCAAAGAUUUGACAGCACGAUUGUGGUCACUGGAAAGGGAGUUUCCUCUCAUCACAUAUGCUGGCCAUACUCAGGAUGUAGAGUGUCUGGCCUUUCAUCCCAAUGGAAAUUAUAUUGCCACAGGCUCAUCAGACUCCUCUGUACGUUUGUGGUGUGUCACUAGUGGAAAAUUAAUGCGAGUAUUUUCGGAUUGUAAACAGCCAGUUUGUAGCAUCACAUUUAGCCCUGAUGGCAAAAUGUUGGCAGCAGGCGGCGAAGAAACAAAGAUAAGAAUAUUCGAUUUGGCUGCAGGCUCCCAGCUCAAUGAACUUAAAGAUCAUACAGCGACUGUUACAAAUAUUGUGUGGAGUUCUAAUGGACGGCAUUUGGCUUCAGGAUGCCGCGAUGGCAGCCUUCGAGUGUGGGAUGUUAAGAAACUUUCAGCCAUGAGUGAGAGCAGUUCCUCUUCUUCAUCUUCCUCAACUACAUUAAAUCGGAUAAUUGCUUUGCCUACCAGUUGUCAGCGUUUGGUGAAAGUCACUUUCACCAACAAUGAUUGUAUUUCCUGUCUAGGAACGUAAGCGGAAAAAUUAUUUUGUUUUUGUUUAUUUCACAUAUAAAGAGACUGUUUUAUGUUGUAAUUUAAGACCUUUUAGUAAUAAAGAUAAAUAGACGUAAAAAGGCA